GUGAGAUCGAUGCGAGCGAGUGUCUGCUGAAAGCUGUCAGCUGUCAGCACCUGGAGCCUCUCGACCAAAGACUCCUAUGCGUCUUCUUCCUCUCCUUCCUCUUCUUCUACUCUUUCUCCUCCCUGCUUCCUCCUUCUUCUUCCUCUCAGGAGCUGCGAGUCAAAAUCACUUUGUCACUGGUUUGCGGGACACUUGUGAAAAGUCUGCGGAGUUUCUUCGGGGCAUGGAGACAAAACUGCUCUGAUUGAUAAUCGGAUUUUUUUUUUUCUGCAUAUUCCUCUGUCUGGAUAAUGGAGAGUUGACGGCCUGAGACGAACCAGACUAACAGCAGCGUGACGGGAUAAAGAGGACAAAGCUCUCUCUACAGAGGCAGGGCUUCUUAUUGUCUGUUUCAAACUCAUCAUAUCUACUGCAGGUAUCAACUGACGGGGGACCGGCGUCAUGGCUGCAUAUGGACAGACUCAGUACAGCCCCGCCCUCCAGCCUGCAGGACCAUACGCACCUUACACUCACCACACACAGGGCUACAGCAUGCCCUCCUACAACAUAAAAACAGAGGAUGGCCUGAGUCACUCUCCAGGACAGACGGGACUAUUGGGCUACUCAAACUUCAGCAGCACUCCUCCCAGUCAAAGUCUCUACAGCUACUCACACACGCACGGUGGUGGCAUUUCGUCUGGAAUUUUUCAAGGCACCCACGCAAUUACCAGUUCAGCCCCAUUCAACCCCACCCAACAAGAGUUUUCAGCGUACUCAAGUUACAGUCAGAGUCAGUACUCUCCGUAUUAUAACUCACAUCACUACAACAGCCCCUACAUAACCAGCAGCAACAUCAGCCCUGCUGCCAUCACAGCUCCAUUAGCCUAUCAGCACCCAGAGCACCCUGUCAUGCUGCCCAAUCACAGCCCAGAGUCACACACAGGCGAGUACCACGCCCCGCCCAGCCCCCCCACACCAGGUAAAGAGGAGGGGGUCGCAGCACGGAGGGGGUCAGAUGGGAAGUUGAGAGGGAGGAAAAGAGCCAGUGACCCCACUCCACCUCUGGACUCUGAUAUAGAGCGAGUGUUUAUCUGGGACCUGGAUGAAACCAUCAUCAUUUUCCAUUCGCUCCUCACGGGAACCUUCUCCUCACGAUUUGGCAAGGACUCCUCGAAGGCAGUGUCUCUUGGUUUGUGGAUGGAGGAGAUGAUCUUCAAUCUGGCCGACUCGAGACUCUUCUUCAAUGAUCUGGAGGAAUGUGACCAGGUUCAUAUUGAUGACGUGGCAUCAGACGACAAUGGGCAGGACCUGAGCACUUACAACUUUGGGUCGGACGGCUUCCAGAGCCCAGCAGGGGCCGGCUCUCUGUGCCUGGGGUCAGGGGUCCAUGGAGGGGUGGACUGGAUGAGGAAACUGGCUUUCCGAUACCGAAGGGUCAAGGAGAUCUACAACACAUACAAGAAUAAUGUUGGGGGUUUGCUGGGCAGCCCCAAGCGAGAGGAGUGGUUACAGCUGAGGAGAGAGAUGGAGGUCCUGACUGACCUGUGGCUGACUCAAGCACUCAAAGCCCUGGCUCUCAUCAACUCAAGGCCUAACUGUGUGAAUGUGUUGGUGACCACCACCCAGCUCAUCCCUGCCCUCUCCAAAGUGUUACUGUACGGUCUGGGCUCAGCUUUCCCCAUAGAGAACAUCUACAGUGCCACAAAGACAGGCAAAGAGAGCUGCUUUGAGCGUGUCUCUCAGAGAUUUGGUCGGAGAGCAGUGUAUGUGGUUAUAGGAGAUGGAGCCGAAGAAGAGACCGUGGCCAAGAAGAAGAACAUGCCGUUCUGGAGGGUGUCCUGUCGAGCCGAUCUGGAAGCUCUGAGCCAUGCACUGGAGCUGGACUACCUCUAGAGGGCCCCAGCUAUCACACUCUGCUCUUCCACCCGAAUCAUGAAAUGCUCCUGAGUACCUGAGUGCAGCUAGUGGGUGAAGGUGUCCCCAGAGACUGAUUCAGAGUCAGUAUUGCUAUUUCAAGUGAGCGCCCAGGCGGACAAUUUCACACCACAGCCAAAAGAACUGUGAGGAUUUUGGAGCGAGGCUGCAGUAUAUCUACGACACAUAAACAAGUACUGGACCAAAAUAAAAAGACUAAAGUAAAAUAAGGGACCAAAGCUUCAUUACAAACCCCAGGGAAUUGUGGGUAAUCCUGCAAAUACUUUUUUUAAAUUAAAAUUAAAUGUUUCUUUUUUUUUUUUUUUUAAUUCAGUUCAUCUCAAUUUUAUGAAUGGUGACCCGAAAGUGUUGCACUGAAUGCAAAAUCUUACAUCCUCUUAAAUGAACACAGUAAGUAUGUCUGCAUGGAUGAAAAUUUCAGAUUGGUUUGUACUGCUGUGUGUCUUUUUAUAUUUGUUGUGAGACUUACAUUUUUCGUUGGCCAAUACUAUUUUAAAGACAAAUGUUAGAAACAAGUUGUGAUGUUACAUGGGAUAGAUUUUGCCUUCACUAUUAUUUUAGAAUUGUUUUAUUCAUAUGUCGGCUAGAUAAAUGUCAAAUAACAUUCUCCUCAUAGUUAGAGGCUAUUGAAAAUAGUCUGUAUUUUACCAUUAAAAUGUGAGCUAUUUAUUAUUGGUUCAAUUCUACAACACAAUGAGGUAUAUAUAUAUAGUUUGGGAGCUUGGCAUGAAAAAAAAUCCCUUUCAAAGACCAAAAAUCUGCUCUUGUAAAAAUGUUUUGAUAAGAAUUGUCUUGAAGAUGCUGUAUUAUAGGCUAGUGCUCGAAUCCUUACUUUUAAUUCUGGGUUGUAUAUGUUUUCAUGUUUUAAUUCUCCUUUCUUUUCUGUCCCUGUUUAAUUUCCCUAAUAACCUGUUUGUAAUAUAGAUGAACUGGUAUGGUUGUGCAUGUGCCGACUACACUGCCUGUCAGCUUAGCUAUGAUUUGUAUAUAAUGCUUUAUUGUCGAUUUGUUUUGACAGAGUGAAAAUAGAUUAAUAAAGAUAAAUUAAUUGCA